AUGGAAGCGGUGGCAGAGGACUACGAUACAAGAGAUAUCUUGAGGCCGUUGGUGUUCCGUCUCCAUGAGAAUGUCCCUGCAAUAGUCCGUGAGGUUUUGCUGGAACGCGGCUGGACUGAGUUUGACAAGAAGGGGCAAGAUGACACAGACUGGAACCUGUACUGGCGGAACUCACCUUUCCGCAUGGCAGACCACCACAGCAUUAAACCGUGGCAGAGGCUCAACCACUACCCAGAAGCUGUCCGCAUCACCAGAAAAGACUACUUGGCAAGGCAUCUGAAACGUAUGAAAGGAGCGUAUGGAUCAGCCCUGUAUGAAUUUAGUCCAGUGGCAUUCAUCAUGCCCAAUGACUACAUGAAAUUCAUAGCAGAAUACAGCAAGGAGAGAGAGUCAGUGGGCAGAAGACCUAGCUACUGGAUUUGCAAGCCUGUGGAUCUCUCCCGUGGAAGGGGCAUACUCAUUUUCCAAGACAUUAAAGACUUGGUGUAUGACUGCGCAGUCAUUGUGCAGAAGUACAUUAGCAACCCCUUGCUCAUUGCCGGGUAUAAACUGGAUCUGCGCCUUUACGUGUGUGUCACCAGCUUCCGCCCGCUCACCGUCUACACUUACGAAGAAGGGCUGGUGAGGUUUGCCACUGAAAAGUUUGACCUCGGUUCUCUGGACGAUGUCUACGCCCACCUAACAAACACCAGCAUCAACAAAUAUGGGGCUUCAUAUAAAAAAUAUAAAGAAGGGAUUGGCUGUGGCUGCAAAUGGACAUUCAGCAAAUUCCGUUCUUACCUGCGAAUAUUUGGGGUUGACGACGUGGUCCUCUGGCAGAAGAUCAAUAACAUAGUGAUUCUCACCCUGCUUGCUGUAACCCCCUUACCGGUGGCUUCCAACUGCUUUGAGCUCUUCGGCUUUGACAUCCUGAUUGAUGACAAAUUCAAGCCGUGGCUUUUAGAAGUCAACUACAACCCGGCCUUGUGUUUAGACUGUUCCAUCGACGACGCUGUGAAGAGAAAGCUCCUCCACGAUGUUGUCGAGCUGCUGAACUACAAGCAGGUUGAUGCUUUCAGGCAAAACCGAGUGGCUGGGGCAGAGGCUGGCAGGGGGCGGGUGCCCUGGCGCGCAGCUGCCGAGAGUGCCAGCGGCCUGCUCCCUCGCCAAAAAGUGGCGAAAUGCCCUUCUGCCUCUUCUGUGCUACCUGCCCUGCGGGCGGCCAGAGGAUCAGGCCGGAAGGCGGCUAGCCUGGCCACGAAAACGGCCGCAGCGCAUCCGAGAAAAACGCUGACUUCCCAGCUGCGGGAAGGGAUGAACAUGCCAAAAACACCCUCCGGAGGAAAAGCUGAAGCUGAAAAUAAACAGCUCCCGGGAGCUGGGCAUUCUCCACGCCAGCCUGCCCAGCUCAGCCGCUGGUUACCUACGCCUGACUUCUGCAACGACAAAACCAUGCGCCCCUAUUUCCUCUCCGAUAAAGACCAGAGGCCUGUCCCCCGUGUAGGAGAUUUUGUCCUUAUUUUUCCCUUCAAUGAAGCUGCGCUGCAAGCUUCCAGGGAUGGGACAGACGUGAAGAGCAUCAUAAAGGAAAUAAGCAAAUCGGUGAGCAAACAGUUGCCAUCAAAGCAGAACACAAAGAAAAGGGUAGGCUGUCUAACUGCUGUGUAA